GGUGCAGGAGUUUAAGUGAUUCCAAAUCAAAACUUUACUGGGGAAUCCUGUGUGUUUUUUUUUUUUUUUUUUUAAAUAUGAUGGUUAUAUGAUGAAUACACUCGGGAAUGGAGAAACACUAAUGAGGUCUGCUAAACACCUAAAGCUCAUAACAAGAGAUCUUAGCGUACUAAGCACAAAUCAGCGCUGACGUGCAGUCCUUCAUUCUGCAUCAGCACCGCUUGGACUGUACAGGCUUGGUAAAAAUAUUACAAUGGACUUUUUUAACUCUGCGCUUGGGAAAAAUAUCACUUUUGUGCGUCCUGAAUAUUUCAUAAUAACAGGAUUUGUUGGGAUACCUAAUAUGAAGUAUUACUACAUCUUUCUGUUUUUUGUCUAUUUUGUGUCAGUGCUGGGAAAUGGAGCUGUCAUGGCCCUAAUAUUCUUGGAUCAUAAUCUGAGAACUCCUAAAUAUAUUGCGGUUUUUAACCUAGCAUUUGUGGACCUGUUGGGUAACACUGUUCUGGUGCCGAAGGUUCUCGACAUCUUUCUGUUUAAUCACCCAUUCAUCUCCUACAACGACUGCUUGACUUUCCUUUUUUUCUGCUACACCUGCCUUUGUAUGCAGUCUCUCAACUUGGUCGCGCUCUCUUAUGACAGACUGAUAGCUAUCAUCUUCCCGCUGCACUAUCAAGUGAAGGUGACCCACCGGUCCAUGUUGACUUUGAUUGCCUCUUUCUGGGCCUUUGUCGUUACUGUUAAUCUGAUUAUAGCUGGUCUUCUUACAAGACUUUCCUUCUGUAAGUCUGUGGUAAUUAACAGUUAUUUCUGUGACCACGGCCAGAUAUACCGGCUUGCGUGCAAUGACAAUACACCCAACUUAGUCUUUGGUCGCUUCUUGAUAUUUCUCAUUCUUUGGCUUCCAAUGGUAUUCAUCUUUUUAAGUUAUUCGUAUAUUGUCUACACCUUAUCUAAAAUAGCCACAUUUCAUGAAAGAGUGAAGGCCUUUAAGACCUGCACAGCUCAUCUUUCAUUAGUGGCAAUCUAUUUCAUCCCGAUAGUCAUCACUUUUACUAUGAGUGCAAACAUACAUCCAAAUGCCAGGAUCAUAAACCUGUCUCUGACCUCUAUCUUUCCUCCCAUGUUAAACCCAAUUAUUUACGUUCUGCAGACGCAAGAAAUCAAAGUUUCACUGAGAAAAAUAUUAAAAACCAGGAUGCAAACUAAAGUUAUGGCAAAGAAAGUAAUAAUAAUGUGACCAGCUGUGAAUGUCUUGUUUAGGAGUCUGAGUGGACUCGAUAAGUGAAUUUGAAUAUUUUGUUGAUGAGCGAAACAAAACAUCACAACUGUUCUGACAUAAUUAUCCUAAAUGAGGUUGUUAUAAUCAAACCCCACUUUAAGUCCAGACAAAUGCAAAAUCUUGUAACUUUUUUGCAUGUAAUUACAGCUUUCUUUGCUGUUUUUUUUUUAACUGUAGUUGUUGUAGUCAUUAAUAAAGAGCACAUAUUAAAAC